GACUGACAAUAUUUGCCAGUUGGGUAAACUUUGCUCCCACAGCCUGAGUCAAUAAAUUCCCCUGUCACAGCUUUCUGCCUCCAAUUCUGGGGCAGAGAAAUCGCAGCGGCCAUGGCGUUGAGGGCAACUCUGACCUGGCUCUGCUCCCUCACAGUUUUGUCCUGCUCGGCAGCUCAGGAAACUAUACCCAACAACUGCAGCUCAAAAAUUCAAGUCUUUGACCGUCUGUCAGCUGAUCUAAAGGUGGCAGCAGAGUGCGGUGAAACUCCUCCGUCUGACUGGACGAGUCAGCAGACGGCUUCACUGCUGAUCUACAUGAAGAAUCUGACGGAUGCUCUGCACAAACACCAGCUGAAAGAAUGCCAAGUUGCCAAGCCAACACAAUGCCAGGAGGCUGAAGUGCCAAGUAAUGGAGGGCUGGCAUGCGUCACCGUUGGCAACAAGCGCUACUGCAAACCUCUGUGCAACCACGGAUACGAUUUUGGUUUUCUGAGGAGGAGCCGCGUGUUUGAGGAAUGCAGCGAGCAGACAGGAUAUAAAUGGCAAAGUCUGUACAUAGGAGGAAGCAAGCUGGCUGUGUGCAACGAAGCACUUAUUCAGGUUUCAGGAGCGACGACGGCGUAUUUUCCCAAAGAUCAGGACUGUCUGGUGACCAAAAGCAGCAGCCAACUGUCAGAGAGAAUCAUGGAGGCUUUUACCGCAGAGCUGAAGAAUCAACACAUAGACGGAGAGGUGCAGGAAGCCUGUCUUGUAUGUGGAUAACUGGGAUGGAAAAGAAAAACAUGUAGAAAAAUGCAUCAAACAUGUCAAGAAUGCUGUGCUCUAUAACUUAGUCAUGUUGCAUUGGGAAAGGUUCAAUAAAUGUAUUCUUGAACCAUUUUUUUAGGAAGUAGGCACUUAUGUAAGUAAUCGUGUUAUUUUCAUUCUAUUACAUGCGCUUUCAAUACUGGACUAAUAAUUUUAUAGUUAGUGGAGUAGCUUUUAACUAGUUUAACUUGCUUGUGUGUGGAUUGCAUGAAGAAAAAUGGUCACCUAAAACAACAUAUUCUCAUUUCUACAGGUAUUUUUAUCUUUGAAAAGUUAAAAUCAACAUUUCUUACAUGGUACAGAAAAUAAAUAUAUAUACUAUCCAAUAAAAGUCAUUUCUGUUCACUAUAAAAGCUGUUAAAUGUGUGUUUCUCCUGUGAGAAUCUGAACAGACUCUGUUAUUCUUCAUAUUACAUGUGAUAUUAAAUCUGCCAACAACCCAGCAAA